AUUGGCGCCAGCCGACAAAAAAUGCGCCUACUAGCCACCAGCAGAGCCCUCCGCGCAGGCUGUGGCAGGUGGUCAAUCGCGCCGUCUCGCCCGCGCGUCCGAAUUCCUCUCACGCCCCAUCUCCGGGAUUCACCUUCCUCUUCCAGCAGGGACUGGAGCAGUACAGCCUCGCGCAGGAUAGAAGAAAGUACUGCAGCUGCAGUUGCACCUCCAUCACAGCCGCCCUCUACGCAGAAACCCAUUGCAAUUGGAGGCCGAUCCUACCGAACAGAUCAAUGGACCAACACUCCCGGGACUAUCCUAUCCCACAUCGGACGCCGUCUGUACCUAGACGACAAUCAUCCUCUAGCGAUCACCCGGAAGCUGAUUGAGAGCCAAUUUCCCGGUCCCGUUUAUGGGAAUUACUCCGAAAAAGACCCCGUUGUGUCGACGGCCCAGAACUUCGAUGUCCUGGGCUUCCCUCUAGACCAUCCCGGCCGCAGCCGCACGGACACGUAUUAUAUCAACGACAAGACCGUUCUACGCACACAUACCUCUGCACACCAGCAGGCGUACUUUCAACAGAUCAAUCGGAAUGAACAUACCCGUCCGGAAGAAGUGGGAUACACGGUUGUCGCAGACGUGUACCGCCGCGAUGCCAUUGACCGGAGUCAUUACCCUGUUUUCCACCAGAUGGAGGGUGCAAGACUAUGGAAGCGUCCGGAGAAUAACCCAUUAGACCACGCUGCAGAAACAGCGGCAGCUAUUAUGAAGGACGUGGACAGUAUUCCUCGCCACGAUGUCGUCGUCGAUGACCCCAACCCCACCAUCCACCCGGAGCGAAACCCGCUACAAACAGCACACCACGGCGAAGAAGUCGAAGCCAUCGCGGCGCAUCUAAAACGCUCUCUAGAACGAAUGGUCAUUAAAAUCUUCACUGAAGCCAGCAAAGCAGCCGCCGCUUCCUCCCCAGAUCAGGACCAGGACCAGGAACCUCUCAAGGUCCGCUGGGUAGAGGCCUACUUCCCCUUCACCAGCCCAUCCUGGGAACUAGAAGUCUUCUGGCAAGGCGACUGGCUCGAGAUCCUAGGCUGCGGAAUAAUCAAACAGGACAUCCUGUUCUCCUCCGACGUACCCCACCGCAUAGGCUGGGCGUUCGGUCUCGGCCUCGAACGUAUCGCCAUGCUCCUCUUCAACAUCCCUGAUAUCCGUCUCUUCUGGUCCAAGGACCCGCGCUUCCUCUCGCAGUUCCGCGCAGGCAAAAUCUCUCGCUUCGAACCCUUCUCCAAGUACCCCUCCUGCUACAAGGAUGUGGCCUUUUGGCUCCCUACUUCUGCAUCGGCGGCAGAUACCACCGCCACAGCUGCUGGUGGGCGCAUUGGACCUGUUAUCCACGAGAAUGAUGUCAUGGAGAUUGUCCGCGUUGUGGGCGGUGAUCUUGUCGAGGAUGUACGGCUUAUCGAUGCUUUUGUGCAUCCCAAGUCCGGGAGGAAGAGUCUCUGUUACCGUAUCAAUUAUCGGAGUUUGGAGAGGACGUUGACGAAUGAUGAGGCUAAUGAGUUGCAUGAUAGGAUUCGUCAGAAACUCGUUGCUGAGUUUGGGGUUGAAUUGAGGUGAUAUAUAUAUUCUGCAGGGUUGUUGAGCUUGUAUAUUAGUUGUGGCCGUCUUUGAACAUCUGAAUCUGUAAAUAGUUUAAAUGGACAUAUA